AGCUCAUCUUCAGAGAGAGGGAAGUUUACGGAUUUAGCACAUAUAUAAAGGAGAUGAUUACGAAACCUGAAUUAUUUGUUAAUUUACAUAUUAAAGGUAGUUCAAAAAAGAUAAUUUAUCCAGUGCCGAAAUGAAAUCUACGAUCGGGGCGAUCGUUUUAUUUUGCGUUUUACCUCAAUUUUUUUGCGAGGAAAUUAGAUUAUUAGAUUUAGAACCAACCGACGCGCAACAAUACAUCGAUAAACAAGACACAAGUCUUAAAUAUGCCCCAAAAAUUGAUUCGAAUGUACCGGCUGUGAGAUAUUUGGGGAAUGAGCCUCAUAAUGUCCUCGAAGAUAUUUAUUUGGCCAAUCAAUAUCACGGUCAAGAUGGCUUAGGAGGGUACCUUUAUGGCUACUCAGUACCUGAUAUUGCAAAAACUGAAAAGAAAAAAGCUGGUGGCGACUUGCGAGGGGCAUAUAACUACAUCGCGGGAAAUGGACAAGAAAUUAAAGUCGAAUAUUGGGAUGAUGGUACUGGAUUUCAUCAAGUCGAUAACGUCCCAAAAGUUCUCCCGCAACAAAUCGAGGAUACGCCCGAAGUGAAAGCUGCAAAGGAAGAGCAUCAAAGACUCUGGAACGAACAAGCAGAACGAAAUUCGAGACCGGUUGCAAGUCCUUAUGACAGCCAUGGAAAUUAUGCUGAAGGACCAUUGUCACCUCAGGGUCAGAAAUUACCACAACAACAUUUUCAACAACAACAAUAUCAACGACCGUCACAAGGGCAAGCACAACAACUCGUGAGUCAGUAUCAACAACAAAGGCAGCAAUAUCCAAAUCCGGGUCAAAAUGUUCACUAUCAAGGGAGUCAAUAUCAACCAGAGCAAACUCAAAAUGUGAAUAAGUAUCAGCAGCCCAGUGGACGUGGAAGUCUUGCUGGAAGCGCUGGACAACUUGGAGGAGGACAAUAUUCCGGAGGACAUUCUGGAAGCGCUGGGCAACUUGGCGGACAAUUUUCUGGUGGUUUGGGCCAAGUUUCUGGAAGUCACUCUACAAGUUCUCGACCAUUUACUGGAGGCGUUGGGCAAUCAGGAGGACAAUAUUCCGGAGGACAUUCUGGAGACUCUGGGCAACUUGGCGGACAAUUUUCUAGUGGUGUGGGACAAGUUUCUGGAAGUCACUCUACAAGUUCUGGACCAUUUACUGAAGGCGUCGGGCAGUCAGGAACUCAUUUGGGAGGUUCUGGACAGUUGGGAGGCGGCCAAUUUUCUGGAAGUUCAGGGCAACCAGGGCUUGGUCAAUUUUCUAGUAGUCACACUGGAAGCGCUGCUUCACAGUUAGGAAGUGGGCAAUUCUCCGGAAGUGUCGGACAAUCAGGACUUGGUCAAUUUUCUGGCAGUCACUCUGGGAGUGCUGGAAGUGGGCAAUAUUCUGGAGGUUCUGGGCAAUAUGGGAGUGGACAUCUUUCUGGAAGCGCUGGACAGUUAGGAGGUGGUCAAUUUUCUGGAAAUGCUGGACAAUCAGGAAGUGGACAAUUUUCCGGAAGCUCUGGACAAUAUGGAGGUAGACAUUCUGGAAGCGGUGGUCAAUAUGGUGGAGGUCAAUCGAGUGGUGGUCAAUACAGCGCAUCCAGUAGUCAGUUUUCCAGUCAAACAUCUGAUGGUCAGUGGUCUGGCGAAGGUGAAGGCAAAUACAAUGAAGAGGAGGAAGAAAAAGGUCCUCCGAAAGGAUUCUUUUACAGUUUCGACUAUCCUGUCGGGAUCAUAGUGAAAAAAGACGGAGGACCCAUACAGAAACGCGAAGGCGACUUAAAAGACAUCUACGCCACGAACAAGGCAAACUUUGAACAGCAACUCCAACAAGGACAUUCCAUUGGUUCUAGAAGUGCUACUGGAUAUUUGGUGGUUUAAUUUGUAGAAAGACUAGUUUUAAUUUUUUAUAAUUUAUUUAUGAAUUUUUAAGAAAAUAAAUAAAUGUGUUUGACACCA